UUCAAUCAUAGUGACUCUGAGGACUGUCAACUUCUCCUAGGGCAGAUUACCCCCCAGUGCGCCAAACGCCAUAGCUCACCCGAUAAGCUACGGAAUCGAGUGAUUCAACUUUCAGAGGAAAGCUGACGCUGCAAGCGACAACAUAUCUGAUUUUCAGAUUGUUUCACCGAUUGGAGUUUUGGAUAUAGCUUUUCGAAGGUCGCGAGUUUUCUGGGCGUCAUAACGAAGUGCUGCAGAAAUUUCCAAGGAGCCAUUGAAUCAUCUGCUUAUAGCCUUCUCUAAGCAACACGUUCUGCCGUGCUAUCAUUCUGUUUUUUCGAAGUUUGACCAUAAGGCCUACGAGAUGGUAAUAAGCCCGAAAUUCUACUUCCUGCUGUACUUCCUUACUGACGUCCUCAAUGAGCUCAACGCCGUGAAACUCAC